GGGUAAUUUGAGAAGCACUGCGGUGUUUUAAAUGACACACUUCGCUUUUGUCCUUCUGUUCCGGUGUCUCUGUUUAAAGCCUUGCAGUCUGAUGUAAUUCUACUUAAGCAGUCGCUCCGACUCGCUACCUGAGACCGCAGGAGGGAGCGACAGGAGAGAGUUGUGCUGAAGAGCAGCAGGCAGCAGGACCAGUGGAAUACUGCACAAGUUCAUCAGGAAUGGAUUAAACACAACCUGUUCUGUCCAUCAUCUGCCUGCUUCGAGUUGGUUACAGAUGGGUGUGGGAAUGUCGUGGCUGCUGUGGGUGUGGAUCAGUGUGACCGUCAUGUUGGUGUGUGAUGCCACCUUCUACAAGACCAUACACCAGCACCUUGCACCACCUGGGACUAACAUCCAGAUCCUCGGAGGGACAUGCGAGGUGAUUGCUGCACAUAGAUGCUGUAACAAAAACAAGAUCGAAGAGCGAUCGCAGACAGUCAAGUGUUCCUGUUUACCUGGGAAAGUAGCAGGAACCACAAGGAAUAAGCCCUCCUGUGUGGAUGCCUCUAUAGUGGUGGGGAAAUGGUGGUGUGAGAUGGAACCGUGUCUGGAGGGAGAAGAGUGCAAGACUUUGCCAGACAACUCGGGCUGGAUGUGCUACUCUGGGAACAAGAUCAAAACCACCAGGAACACUCAUCCCUAUACAUCAUUGUAGCAGCAGGAGCAGUUUAGUGCAAAAAAAGGAAUUCAGGAGAACAGGACAACAGUUAAAUAAACUACUCCAGUGGAAGGAAGCUGGUGAACUUGAUGGUACAUUUCAGGCGGCUAUUUCAUUUCAAUUUUCUACACAGCAACGAGACCGUCGGCUGAUUGAUGAAGUCUAUGGACGUUUUCUCAUUCAUGAUUUGACCGUUGUUUCAGCUCAUUUAGGUUUGCGCUGUAAAUCCUUGGUAAUCUGAGACUUUACCCUGUUUGCCCAAAAUAUAGUCUUCAUUAAAGACAUUCCUGGUGAUCCUUGGUUCCAAAAUUGACUGAGCUAACAAACUCACCUGCACGAUUGAUUUAUGGCAAGCCAUUACAGAAGGAAGAAGACUUUUCAUAUGAAUCAGUCGGUAAAACCUCAUCGGGUGUCAAUGAAGAGCUCACUGCAUUUCUUCAGCCACUAAAUGGACUGUUAAGGACAUGUGUAACAUAAAACUGAUCAUAUAAUUGUUCACAGACUCGUUGUCAUUGUCUAACCACAGACAUCUGACACCUUUAUGUGGUUAAGCAAAGCAGCAGAUGAAAAUAACCUUAAAUGAAACUGUAAUUCUGAACCCACUGCUAACUGUGAUCUAAAAGGCAAAAGCACAAUAAUGCAAAGUGUCCUCCUUCCUCCAUGUGAUAGUGAAGCUCUAGUCCAGCUCCAGCUGAUUUUCCCUGUUUCUGGUUCAUUAAGCUAAUGAUAAAUUGAUAGAACAUCAUUGAGAGGACUCCAGUGUGAAAGCUCUGAGACUUAUUAUUAAAGCCAACGAGGUCUGAUCGAAAUCUGCUGCUGCAUGCAGA